GUCGUUGCUUUAGUUAUGGACCGAUUGACAUGGUAUCAACCAGGUGAAAGUUUGGAAGAUCUUCUUUGUCAAGCUGGACAUGUAGGAAUCUACGAAGGUGAUUUGAAGCAUACUUCGUUCGAGCAAGGUACGGCUUCGCUGACAUUACAUCGGGUAAUAUGGGCGGAUUCAAGUGACCCGGAUCGUCGGCUCAUUCUGCAUCAUUCGUUGGUGAAAUCGACCGAAAAACAUCACAAGUCGAUGUUUAAUCGUGGUGGGAAGAUAAUUGUCUAUCUCGAGCCAGCUCCUCCACAUAAUGUGGGCCCUCAAAGAAAUAGCAGCUUUAAUUAUAUUCGUUUCGUAUUUCGAAACGGCGGAGAAGAAGACUUCCAUCGGAAAUACGAGGAAGCAUUGAAAAGGAAAACAUGGCAAAGAUCUAGUUCGGGAUCAAGUUCAGGCGGAUCGAGAACAAGCGGCCUUCAAAUGCGGGCUGUAGGCAUUGCUGGUUUGGAGAAGAGAAUAGCAGAAAAUCAUCAGAGAACUCACGAGACUAUAAGUCAGGCAUUCGAGGACAUGUCGCGUCUUAUGGAGACUGCUCGUGAUAUGGUCACUCUAUCCAAAAGUAUAGCUGAGAAACUUCGUUCACGUCGUGGAGAAAUAACAGAAGAUGAGACAAUCGCGUUCAAAUCAUAUCUCUUGUCGCUUGGAGUGUCAGAUCCCGUGACAAAGUCGGCAUAUGGUAGUGGUGCUAUUUACUUCGAAAAACUUGGAGAAGAGCUUUGUACUGUGCUUCUGGAGCCGCUGAAGGAAUGCGGCGGUAUGAUGACCCUGCCAGAGGUGUACUGUCGCGUUAAUCGAGCUCGUGGUUUUGAAUUGCUUUCGCCAGAGGAUUUAUUGAAUGCGUGCCAGGCGCUCAGUAGGAGAGAGGAUUCACCAAUGGAGCUUCAUCGAUUUCCUACUGGUGUCAUAGUACUGCAGCUGAAAACAGCCUCUGUUGAAAGUAUGGUGGAGGCGACAGCAGAUUUUGUAAAAGAAAAUGGUAGUGCUACCGCCAGUCAGCUGGCCGCUAGCAAAGGAAUUACUGUGAUUUUGGCAAAAGAAAGACUGCUGGCAGCUGAAGAGCAAGCCAUGCUUUGCCGUGAUGACUCUACUGAGGGUCUGAAAUUCUAUCCAAACCGAUUCCUUAUUGAUGUUUAGGUCGAAGCUGUCUUUACACGAGUUUGUUCUGAUAUCUGUCACCAAAUCCAAUUCUUGCCAUAACAAUGCUUUACUGCAUAUGCGUCACUCUUUCUUAGCCUAGUUCAUCAUACCUUUAUGACUGCAGUUUUGCCAAACUUAGAAUAUUGUGAUAGAAAUUACGUCAACAUCAUUUCUAGUCAACAACGAAAGGGCAAGAUGUCUUCAUUCUUGAUUACUUCAUAGAACUCGAAUUUUACAUCAAUUUGAACAUUUCCUUUACGUAACAGAUUUUGCGUAAUGUUCGACUUCCUUCCAUCGUUGUGAGUUGUUUAGUCAUGCUUGCUUUCUGACUGAGAAAAGAAUCUUCCUCUAUGAGUUGGAAAAUUCUGAUCUGAACUAGCUUCCGGACAGCUGCAACGGGAUUUAUCUAGCGGAAUUCGCAUAGGUUUGAUAAGAGAAAUGAGGCUCUUGAGUCUCACUGGAAACCUUAUCAUGUGUUUGUAGCCAAAUUUCUAAAUUUGUCAUUUAGUAAGUUCUCGUGCGUCAAUAUUGAGAGUGGUGUAUAAGUCGCAAGAUUGUGUAUUCUACUAUGCUAAUGAUUAUAGGUGCUGGUUGUUUUGUUCGUUCUGAAUAUAGAACAUUCUAGAUCUCUUUGGCGUAUGCUAUGGUAGCCGAAUAGCGGAGUUGACAAUUUUUUUUCUUGUCUCAAUUAUCAUAUGAUAUUAAAGAGCUUUACCGUACAA